AUGGGUGAACCGCAGUACCUUCAGCAUCCCGACCUGGCUCUGGCCCAGACGGUCUUUGCGCUUGCCUCACCAAGCACCGAUGAUGCUAGUAGACAGCAAGCACUCGCCACGAUUCAAGAAGAUAUCCGGAUCCAUCAGAUGGCUCCACUCUAUGCAUACCUGGCCCACCCCCUCACUGGAAAGCUGAAUGCAUCCGGCGACAGCGGUGCCUCCCUCUCACCAACAACCAGUCGCGCUGGUGUCCAUGCACAGGCACCCGCGGCGCCUUCAGCCAUGCAUCAGCUUCGCCGGACGAGCAGUAUCAACACCCCCUCCAUUGUCGGGGUCCUCGGCGGCAAGACUGACAAUUCAGCGGCUCUUUCGUGGGAUGAGGCAUUACAUGAGAAGCUGAAGGCCGAAAACGACGAGGAACUGAAUACGAUCCAGAAAGAAGAAACAGAUGCUUUAGAAAAGGCUGGCGAGACCGAAGUGCAAUCAGCGCAGGGCAAAAGGGCAGGCUUCUUCGCACGCAUUGGAGAUAAGGACAAAGCAUUGGAAGAGUACGAGAAGCUGUUCGAAAAGACUGGUAUAUUGGGUUCAAAGAUCGACAUCGUCCUGGCAAUCAUUCGCCUGGGUCUGUUCUUCGACGACAAGAUGCUAGUCAAGAAAAAUAUCGAACGAGCGCAGCAACUGGUGGAGAGCGGCGGAGAUUGGGAUCGUCGGAAUCGUCUCAAGGCAUACCAAGGACUCCACUUGCUCACCAUUCGAUCGUACAAUCUGGCGGCACCAUUGUUACUUGAUUCUCUCUCCACAUUCACCUCGACUGAGCUGUGUUCGUACAGCUCACUGGUCGUGUACGCCACGCUUGCUGGCUCGGUAAGCUUGUCGCGUCGCGAUUUCAAGUUGAAGGUGGUCGAUGCCCCUGAAGUUCGUGCUGUUUUCGGAAGCGAGACCGACACCGAUCUCCUGGCAAGCCUCGGAGGCUCAAACUCGGCCGGCGCGAAGACAGACUCCUCCGCUAUGGCAGUCGACUCUGCUGCAACCAAGUCGGCGGCUGUCAACCUGACCACCCUUGCUUCGGGCUCAGCAUCCGCAGAGGCUCAAUCGAAGGCAGAACCCAAGAUUGACUUUCAACCGCUUGCAACCAUGAUCCAAAGCUUAUACUCAGGCAAUUACUCUAGCUUCUUCUCAAGCCUUGCAGCCGUUGAAGGCAAUUUCCUCUCCAAAGACCGAUAUCUUUAUGAGCAUAAGAGCUGGUUCGUGCGUGAGAUGCGCUUGCGUGCGUAUGCUCAAUUACUUCAGAGUUAUAAGAUAGUGGGUCUCGAGUCGAUGGCUAAUAGCUUCGGCGUAACGGUCGACUGGCUCGACAAGGAUUUGGCGCCAUUUAUCGCAUCCCAAAGACUGCCCUGCACGAUCGAUAGGGUCAGAGGAGUGAUCGAAACCCAGCGCGCCGAUGACAAAAACAAACAGUAUAACGAAGUGGUUCGACAAGGAGAUCAAUUGAUCACCAAGUUACAGAAGUAUGGUCAGGUCGUCCGUCUACGGGGUAGUGAACGAAGCUGA